AUUUUAGAUAAAUAUGUCUUGAUUCAGCAAAGUAAUAUCAGUUCAAAAUGAAGCUUCUGAGUUGCGGAUUGUUGUUGGCCAUUUUUGUUUGUCGUUUGGAUCGAGCCUAUUUUUCGGAUGUUUGCACCAAGUGGGGCUAUGCUUGUCGGAAUAACCGAAGCCUGAUUUAUUGUUCCAUACAGGAUAGCAAUUGGAUUGAGACGGACAUCCUUCAGUGCGGCCUUACUUUCGUAUGCGAAGAACAGAAUGGAAUCUGUAUUCCCGCCUACACAGUGGGGAAUCGUUUUGAUUGUCAAGGGGAGGGUAUUUUCCCGGACCCCUAUCAGUGCGGCACAUACUACGUUUGCUACUUUAAUGAUGGUAGGAUGAACAAGAUCCUUGCUCGUUGCCCGAAGGGAAAGUACUAUUCGGUUGUAACCAACACAUGUAGCUUGGAGGAGUAUAAGUUACAGCCGUCCUGCCCUCGACCAUUCGUUUGUGAAUAUCCUGGUCAAAUCGGUGUUUGGCCUCGGAACAGAAAUAUCUACUACAUUUGCGCUCUAUAUCCGGAUUCACGCAGUCCAUACCUUUAUCCGAAAGUAUUCCGGUGCUUGGAAGAUAUGCAGUUCAACGGUACCCAGUGUGUGGACCGACCACACAGAAAUCGUGGUUUGGGUUCGCUACUGGAUGUUGCAGUUUGACGAUAAAAUUUUUUGAUUUGUACAUUGUGUAGUGAUUUUUGAAGAUAUAAAGUGUGAGGAAUAAAUUAAGUAAGUAAAUUGAAAAA